UUCGUAACUCGUUUCCUUGUGUUUCUUCUUCUAUUUUCCAUGAUUACUAAUGUGAAGAUCGGGUUCAGUGACAGAUCGAAUACUAGUGCUAUGUAGUAUAGUGAAAUUUUGUUUUCUCCCGAAGUAGUGUCGAUAUUUCCUAUCUCCACCGAGUCUGUAAGACUAGUUUUGUUAGUGUGGGUAUCGAUUGCAGCCGCACACGCGCGUCUGGGCUCUUUGAUUCUUGCCGAUACCCGUUGAUAAACUAGGAUUAGAUUAUUUGGACAGGAUUACUGGAGUGGAGAGCCCAGCUAGUCUCACACCACGAUAGCGACUCCUGCUGCUAGCUGCUGCACGCUAUGUAGAUAAUCAGGAGCGGUACAGUCUGCCCGGCCGUAGAUCUACUACAUUGUGUAGCUUUACUGCGGUGUUACUGUUAGUGCUCCACCGCGGCCCGUGCUAGUCCAGCACGAACCGAAGACUGAGAGUGAGAUGCGGGCGAUGCAGGAUUCUGAUCGGUUCUUCAGCCUGCUUGGGCUGAACGUCGCCGAUGUGUGCUUUCUGGGCGACAUUGAUUUUGACAUGUCCACGUGUGACCUGAUUGCCUCAGGGAUGCACGCAUGGGUGUAUCGAACAUGGCAUCCAGACCUAGGCUUGCACGUGGCCAUCAAACUACCCAAUCCGGUUCGAGUACACGCAGAUCACCCGGAGCAUAAGGCCAACAUGCUGAAAUUCGGCGCAGAGUUCAAGCGCAUGUCGAUGCUGCAGCACCCCAACAUCGGGCAGGUGAUUGGACUGGCCAGGAGCAAGGGCAAUAUCCCACUUAUCGUGAUGGAAUUGCUUGCUAGUAACUUGCAUGACGCAAUUGGCCCACCUUCCCAGGUCAGUGGCAUCCGCGGUGGCGACUCGCGAAUGCAUGGGUAUCUGCGUGACGUGGCGGCUGGCCUUCACUACCUGCACAUGCGUCAUUUCAUUCAUCGUGACCUCACGCUGGCAAACGUCUUACUAACACAGGCCGGGGACUCGGUCAAGAUCACUGACGUCGGAAUAUCCCUGCUUUACCAUGACAACGGGUCGGGCACGGGCGGUAAGCUGACAUCUACGCCGGGAAACUGCAUAUACAUGGCACCGGAAACAUUCCCCUGGUCCGCAGCUGAAGGUCAGUGUGUGGACUAUGAUUCGAGCAUCGACAUCUUUGCUUUCGGUGUCCUUGCAACAGCCGUCCUGACAGGUCGAUUGCCCGAUCCUCAGAUUCGCCUGGCGCCCUACUUCAGAGAAAAUGCCGACGGCAAGAAAGUGCCAAUACCGGAAGUGGAGCGACGAAAGGCCGAGCUGGAUCGUCUUGAUGAUUGUCACGUGUUGAAGCCGAUCAUAUUGCGAUGUCUCUCCAAUGAUCCGACGCAACGUCCGUCAGCCUUCGAGCUACAUGAGCACAUACUGCGCUGGCUGGGUGAAGCUGAAGACAAGCCUGAGCAAGACACAAUCGAGAAGACGGUUGCGGAUGCCAGUGCUACGUCUCAGCCGCGGAGACGGCAGCAGAAUACCCCACCGAGACAGCAGCAACAGGAACGGCCGCUGGCUCCUAACACAACUCUGCUUGAGCAGACAUUGGACUGGGUGUCGGUAUCCAAGCAAGAAAUGAUGACGGCCAUAGUAAUCGUGAUCCUGGCACUUCUAUUGUGGCUCUUCUGGAACUGGGCGGGACCACAGAUGUUUAUUGCGCAGGACACAGUAGCUUCAGCCGUGUCGCCGUUUGCACCACAGUGGAAAGAAAUUGCCGCUCCCUGGGAGACCAGUCUGUUCAACAUUCUGUACGCUGUUGUAUUCCGCGGAGCUCUGUUCUGCUUCUUCACGCCUGACAGUGACGAGCUGAGAAUCUCGUACACAGGUGAUGUUGAAGCAGCACUUGGUGUCGCCUGGCAUGCAGUGGAAGUACCUAAGCAUCUGGAGCUUUGUCAGGCUGUCUAUGCUAGUACACAACACAUAUAUAUGUACGCAGGAAAAUCUGACAGUAUUGACAACAGUGUGUACAUUGUUGCGCGCGAGGGUGUGAGAGUGGUGUCGACGGUAAGCCCGUUCUCGCAGCCUCAUCCAGCGAUGUACGUGUCCGACACUAUCGUUCUCCUCUGCGGUGGCAUUCAUGACAACAAGCGUAUCUCGUACUGCAGCCGUGUGACAAUCAACAGCAGCUCCAGCAGCACACUCUCUUCAGAUUGGGAAAAUAGCGACAGCAGAGGCGGAAGUCUCCUGCCCGUCCUCCCGCAGGCAACGAGCCAUGCCAACAUAUUUCCGUACAACGGUGAUGUUUAUCUCGCCGGCGGUUUCAACGAGACGGCGAAAGACUUUCCCGUGUACUCGCUUCACACGGAUAGCAGUACGCUUGCAAUGCACUGGGUGCGUUCAUCGAUCUAUCCACCAAUCAGGAAGGAGCUUCAUGGUGCCACGGUCACUGCAUAUAAUGGCAAACUAUUCAUUGCUAACCGUGACCAUGAUCCGAGGAAGACCCACCGCGAAUGUUACUCCAUAGAUCUGGCAUCAAGUGUAGUCAAGCAAUUGCCUCCUUUACCAUCAUUAGCCAUAGGACCGUAUCUGUCUGCUUUUGACGGUCAUCUCAUUGCUUUUGGAAAUCUUGCACCGGAAAGAGAUGAUCCGCCACGCGUUUACAAGCUCAAACUUCUUUAGGCUCAUGCGUUGUGUACAUCCCCCCCCCCCCCCCUCAGUAUCUCAUUCUCGCAAGCAUCCUCUAUUUUUCUUUCUCUCCCACGCUUCCUCUUUCUAUGCAAUGUUUCCUCACCUUCAACCCCUCCCGGGCUUUAUGAUACUCCAGCUAGGCUCUGCUAUUCACACUUCUCUAAGACGCUCGUUGAGCUGACAGUCAGCAUAUCCAUGUACAUGUACAUGUACGUAGUCACCUGGUUCUCAAUCUAUUGAUGUUCUUCCUCUCCUUUGACUUAACAUCUCAGAUUUUGAGUUUUAUCCACUCCACACAUAAUUUUAUUUUCAUUAUUCUAUUGGUUUGGUGAGACUCCCAUGAUAGGUAUCCAUUUACCUCUCAA